AUGAAUAUGACGGUGGAUCCACGACGCAAAGAGAAAAUUAAUCGCUACAAGGCAGCUAAAAAUCCAGGACAAAAUGAAGACAUGAUGCCGGAUUACAUGAAUAUACUCGGCAUGAUAUUCUCCAUGUGUGGACUAAUGAUGAAGCUUAAAUGGUGCGCUUGGUUUGCUCUCUACUGUUCCUGCAUUAGCUUUGCCAGUAAACGUGCAAGUGAUGAUGCCAAACAGGUGCUCUCCUCCUUUAUGUUGAGUGUUAGCGCUGUGGUCAUGUCGUAUCUGCAGAAUCCCGCCGCAAUGACACCGCCUUGGGCUUCAUAGUUUAAAUAAUAAUGAUGAACUUUAUUAUGAUCCAAGUUAAAAAUGACAAUUGGUUCAGUAAUGUUGGAAAAUUGCAAUAAAUUAAUUUACGAAAGA